AUGCCCAAACAACCCCAAAGUCCUCAGGAGACCCACUCGGCGCCUCCACUUCCGGAGCCCGCAGGAGUGACGGGUGGGCGCCCAACUUUUUAUUAUAAUUCCUCAUCUUGGCAACAAGAGAGGGAAAGAGUACACUGCAGCAUGAAUAGAAAUAGAAAUAUUAUUAUAUAUAAUGGAAAAGAAAAUGGGGUAAUGCAGCGAUUACCUUCAAAAGAUGAAAAAGAGUCCUUUUCCCAACAACAACAACAACGACAACAACCAGCACCAGCAGAAGAAGAGUUGCAGCGACAGAGAGAUCCGCCGCCGAGUUUAGAGAUAUUUUUAAAUAGAGAAAGUGUAAUCUCACACUCUCCGGUAAAGAAGAAAACGAGUACAAGAGAUGAUAGGAGUUUGGUGCAGGAUGAAGUAGUGGGUGCCAACUUGCAGGAAAGAUCACCCGAAAAGAUAAUGGAAAGAAGAAGAAGAAAAAGAACAACAACAACAACAACAACAACAACAACAGAAGCUAUACCGGCAACACAUCUACCAGAAUGGGAAGAGGAAGAGGAAGAGGAACAACACACAUCCAUAGUUUCUUUAACACCAACUGCAUAUGAGGCUGCUCUUGCAAAGUAUGGAAAAAAAUUAUUAAGUAUGACUCAAAAACAACUUCAAGAGAAACAGAAAAAUCGCAAGGAAUCAUUAACUCGUAGAAAAGCUGUGAAUGAAAAGUACAGUGAGUGGAGUCGCCCAUCCAUAGGGAAUGGACGACCUGUACAAAUUGUACCCACAACACACCGAAAAGGAGAAGUAAAUUCGGUUAUUCUUAAUGGUAAUGAUAAUGCUAGUUGUAGUAAUGGUGUUAAUGUUGGUAUGGGUUUACGUACUAGAGAACCGCAAAAGGAUGUUUUUAAUUCUACAACUCUACAUAAUAAUCCGCAGAGGAAACUUUUCUUGGAUUUAGAUGAAAGCACAGCGACAACAAAUGGACUGUGUAAUAGUAAAUCUCAUACAAUUCCAAUGCAGGGACAGAAAGAAAAGAAAAAUGAAUAUCGAAAAGAUGGAUUGAAAAGAGAGAUGAAAAAUUCCAAUUUAGCGGUUAAAGUAUAUACGCAUAUGGAUGAUGUAUAUGAGAAAAACUAUCGUAGAGGUGGUUAUAGAAGUAACAGUGUUGCUCAUAUUAAUAACAUCCACGAUACCACAAGACCAAAAAAAACUACAUCAACUAUCAUAAAGUUAAGAUCUAGGAAAAAUCUUUUUUCUUUUGAAGAUCCUCCUAUAGAAGAAUCACACAUAUCCAGAAGUCAUUAUAUUAUACCUCCUAAAGAAGAUAACGUUUUAGAUGAUCUUCAUUUUGUUCCCCCACAUUGGUUUACACCACCACGACCAUUACGACGUCUUUGUACUUCAGAGUCUUAUCAUUCAUCUCCUAAUCAUGAUAGAGAUAAAUCAAAGCAUGAAUUACAAAAUCCAUUUGCAGAUAAACAACAAUGUUAUUAUGAUCCUUACAUUAGUUCCUAUCCACACAGUUGUAGUCCACCCGUUAUUCCUAGUGGACGUUCAACGACUGGACAACAGGCACUUGUGUUUAUAAGACCACAAGAGAAACCAAGACCUUUACCACGACGUUCUGAAACGGCAGUUCGUAGUGAUGAGGAUCUCUGGAGUGUUCGUGAAGCCUCUUUUCGUAGAUGUACGUCAAGUGAAGAGAAUCAACGUUAUAGUGGAAGAGAUAAUGAGCAUGGGAUGGAUUUAUUUACAACUAGAGAUAAUCCUAUAAGUGGAUUAAGUGGAAAUACAGGAAGACAAGGUCAUGAAAGUGUACAUGUUGCUGAGAGAAAACGAUGUGUUUUCAGAAAUGUUGUACCGCAGUAUAUUUUAGAUGGAUUUGCACAACGUUGUUUAUUGCGUUUGGCAUGGCGUCGCUGGAAAGAGAGACUACGAGAGAAACAGUCUGUGUUGCCGGGCAAUGGUUAUAUACAUAUAUAUAGAUGA